AUUUCGUGUGUACCACCAAGAGCGAUGAUAGCCUCACUUGUUUCUAUAGCCCUGCUGCUCGCGAAAGGGACGGACAGAGGCUGAACAGGUGGAACGCGCCAAUGUGGCAAUCGCAACCUUUUCAGCCGACACUUUCGUUAAGGUGUGGGGAGGCUAUCAUUCCGAGGGCUACUUUCUUCUUUGCUGUGACCCGUAAGGGAGUUCUUCACAGUUUGAAUUAUUACCCCUGUAUGCCACAAGAUGAUCGCAAGAAAUUGGUAUUGUGCAAGGAAGACCCACACUGUUUGGACUCUCCCCCUUUUUCGGAACAUCGUCGUGAUGCCGGGAUACGAGAGAAUCGUAUUAGAUUCACGUCAAUCUAUAGAACCUCCGGUGGAAGCACAAUGAUUGUCACAGCGGUUUGGCCGUUUAAGGCGGUGUCUGCCAAGCAAACUGAUCGUAUUGAUUGCUGCCGUGCCUGUUGUGAGCGUGACAGCCUGGUAGUUUGUCGGAUGAACUGAAUCGGCUCCUUUUGUGAUGAAGCGACCUAUCAUUGUAUGAAUACUUACUGAUUCCCCCCGC